AUGGAAUCCGCACCUUCCCUUCCCAUCUCGAUAUCCUAUGUAUCUGGUAGAUACCUUCUGUUCUCCAUCGAUGUUGUCACCUACCUCCGUCGCGAGCACAACAUCUGCGGGGUCCUUAUUGGGACUCUCCCACAGAUCCCACAACAGAAUGUUUUCCUUGGUCUACCCCUGGAGCUGAUGCCAGAAGAGGCUCGACUUUUGGUGGACAAGGGUGUAGCCUGCAUUGUAGACGAAGUGAAAGCGCACGACGGAAUGCGAUCUCUCCUAGAGGAAGAUCGCAGGGCCUAUCUCCGCGACUUAGAAACCCAAGGUCAACUUGCAGCACGCAUUCUCGCAGACCGAAAGGAACAGCAGCGUGUGCAAUCCUUGAAGGAGAUAGAUGAGAAGAGGGCGAAAGGCUUAGCCGCGAAGGCUGCAAAGGCCGCCCAAGCGGCUGCCGAAAUUCAAGCAACAGAGACUUGUCGAUCCUCAACCGAGGCUGAAGAGUCCGCGUCCUUGUUUGCUCCGGUCGACGAAAAGACUUCUACAUCUCGCACUACCGGUACGACCACACCAGCGCCGUUGGCAGUCAUGGCUGUCACGCCCACAACUUCCUAUCCACCACUUCCCGAGCCUGCCGCAGCUGAGCAUCGGCUUCCCCGACCCGACGUACCUCUGUCAUAUCCUCUUUUCGCUCAUCUUCACUCCUUGGGUUACUUCCUCUCCCCCGGUCUGCGAUUCGGCUGCCAGUACGUGGCAUACCCUGGAGACCCUCUGCGCUUCCACUCUCACUUUAUUGUCGUGUCCGCCGAAUGGGACGAGGAUAUUGAUCUUAUGAAUAUUGUCAACGGUGGCCGUUUGGGAACCGGUGUGAAGAAAGGCUUCCUUCUAGGCGGACCGCAGAAACGACGCGAUGAAGUUGAAUCUGAGGCUGAUCGAGUUGGCACUGUUCGGACAUUCAGCAUUGAGUGGGCUGGAAUGUGA